AUGCAGAAUUACGAGAUGUUGGCGCAUUGGGCGCGCAGGGAGAUUCAAGCGGUGACCAAAUUACCCACCGGAAGUUCCCAAAUUGUAAAUCAGGAGAAAAACCCGCGACCCUUUUCCUGCCUGCAGUGCGGGAGGAAUUACAUGCGCAAGGACUCGCUGAUGCGACACAUUAAGUGGGAGUGCGGCAAGGACCCGCUUUUCCAGUGCCCGUUUUGCCCCCACAGGUGCAAGAGGAAGCCCCACUGGCUCAGACACAUCCGUAGGCAGCAUAAAGAUUCUAUUGGGGAUAUGGAGAACUAUCUUCACUCCUACAAGCCGCUUCCACAGUCCAAAUAA